AUGUCAUCGACCGGUCAUUGUUUCGAUAUUGGAGCAGCUACCCGAGAAGCUAUCCAAGAAUUUGAAAAGCGUCAAAGAAAGUUUGCACAUGAUCAUGACAUUCUUUUAGAUCAAAUAGACUCUCUAUCUGACCGUGAUCUUUUGCAAGCAUUCGAUGUGCAUUGUAGCAAAGAAGGUGUAGCUGGAAAUGGAGCCCUGAUGCGUCUCGCACCUGUACCACUCUUUUUCUAUCGACAUCCGAAAGUUGCCGUUGAUUAUUCGGGCAUUAGUGGUCAAAUUACUCAUGGAGAUGAGAAAGCUUAUGAUGCAUGCCGUUAUUAUGGAGCUCUAAUUGUAGCUGCUGUUCAAGGUGAAGAUAAAAGCAAACUGACUAGUAACACAUUCUAUGAUGAACAUCAGGAGUGGUUUGGUGAUAAAACCCUUCAUCCUGAAAUCAUGACGAUAGCUCAAGGAUCCUACAAAAAAAAAGGUGGAUAUCAAGAUGGAAUUCGAGGUAAAGGAUACAUUGUUAAUGCUCUGGAAGCUGCUUUGUGGGCCUUUUGGAGUGAUGGAGACUCAUUCGAGACAGGUGCACUCAACGCUGUUAAUCUAGGAGAUGAUACAGAUACAACAGCAGCUAUCUAUGGUCAAUUGGCUGGUGCUUAUUAUGGCUACAACAAGUUACCAAAAAAAUGGCUGGAAUCCAUCUAUGCCAAAGAAUUCAUUCAAUGUGUAAGCAGCUGGAUUGCUUUCGAAGGAGAACAAUGGUUUAAAAAUCAAGCUGCUCCAGACACGAGAGAAUUAAUAAAUGCUACUCUUUGUGGUUUACUCAUUUUGAAAUCGAUUAUCUCAAUCAUUCCAUCGCCAGAAUCGCACUUAAACCGAAAGCGCUCACUGGUCGAUGACUUCACGUUGAAUACCCUUGUACGCAAGGCAAUCACUCCUGAAGGUCGUAUAGGACAUUGUUAUGAUGGGUGGCACGAUCGGGUUUUAGCAUCGAAAACACUCUAUUUCAAUAUUAAAAAAAAUGAAUACUCGUAUCCACCAAUAAAAUGUGAGAUAAAAAGUGGUGAUAAGCAUGAAAAUCGAAAUCUCCUUCGACUCAUCGAUUUUCCUGCUGAUCUUCGAUUGAGUGUGUUAUCGAACUUGGUUGAACCAACUGGUAUUGCUUCAGUUGUCAAUUACCCAUUUGUAAUUGAUGAAUAUACUCGCAUCUUCUAUUAUUCAUAUCUUGUUCGAAAUCAAGCAUUACUUGACGUGAACAGCAUUCAACCACAAAUAGGCACGGCUUCUGCCACUCAUGUAAUUACGGCAGUAGAUUGUGGUAUCGAUGUUGUUGUUCUACUUAGAUUGCCGCCUGAUGAUGCGGGAGUGAUCGACAACAGUCUUCGUGAAGUAUGUGAAUGCAUGAAACGUGACACGAAACCAAUGAAUAAUGAACAUGCGCUUAAUCGAAUUCUUUCCACAUAUAUCUAUUCGAACAGAUCGGAUUUAACAGGUCAAUCAACAUUACUCAAUGUGUGCCAAGCUAUUCUCAAUAUCAAAAAUAAUCUUGCUGAUCAACAACCUUGCAACUAUAUUCUUCAUCCAAUCAACAGUCUUCAUUCUGAUCAAAAUCAACAGAACAUCGCAUUUUUUCCAAUCGAACCGAAAAUUGCAACAAUGAUUGAAGACCAUUGGCUUCGACUCUCCUCUGUCAGCAAGUUAUGGGAAACAUUUCGAAAAAAUAUCACGUCCGAUGUUUGGCAAACUGAUCUCAAGAAACAAUUCGAUGAGGUUCGCGUAAAAGUCUACAAAUUAACAGAUCAAUAUAAUGAAGAAAAGAAACAGGGUGGCACCUUAAUUUCAUACAUUCGUCAAGGCAAAAAGCCGCAGGAGACUAUUGAGCGCUAUUUGCGACUCGAUGAAGAAGAGAAGUUGAAGCGCACUAUCGACGAUCUUAAGCAUGAUCUUAGAACUUUAGAAGAAAAAGAGGACUUUAUUAAAGAUUUGAAAAAGCAAGGAUUUGAUUACCAGACUGCCGACAAAUAUGGUAUCAAACAAGGUCACAAUGAAGAUAAGAUCCAACGAAAGUUCAUUAAAGAUAAACGGCGACAACGCGCUCUUUGCUCCAACGACAGUUUAAACGCAGCGUCUUGGUCACACUUGCAAGAUAUAUUAACACGAAUGGCUAAUGAACGUGCAGAAAAACCUGAGUUGAAUCUAGUUUAUGUUGAUUUCUCUUACUGUUCAUACGAGUUAGACAUGAUAAAAACGUUUCCCACAACGAACUAUAUUCCAGCUGAUGGUGUGCGCGAAUCUCUUAUGCGGACAACGAAAAAACCCGACUCUCGUCUAGUUGUACCUUCUAUCGAUAAAAUGAUUAAUGUGAUUCUCGUCGGUAAAUCAGGAGCCGGCAAAUCGACAAUGAUAAACACAAUUGCCAACUGUCUACAAUUCGAAACUUUCUCAGAUAUUCGUUCGAGGAUAUCUUUUCCGCGUGUGUAUGUCUCAUUUAUGUUUCCGUUAACGAUUGAUGUGGAACCACAUUUCAUUCAACUUGGCAAUCAUGAUCCCAACGAAGAUUAUAAUCAUACUGGUUAUUCUACAACUCAGCGUUGUAAAUCGCACAUAUUUGAUGCUGGAAAUAGACAACAGCUACGUAUUAUUGAUACUCCUGGCUUUUCUAAUGCAUUCGGUCAGGGUCAAAACGACGUGGCAAUGCAGCACAUACUAUCAUACAUUUCGGAGCUAACUCAUUUGAAUGCCAUCUGUGUUGUGAUAGAGUCGGGCGACUCUGAACUCACUCCCUAUCGGGAGCCUUUGAUGCAGUUGCUCAAUUUUCUUGGAAAGGAAGCACAUGACAAACUUUUCUUUUGCUUCACCAAAUGUCUAUCCUCCCAUAACAAUGAUAAUGAAAGAAAAGGUCGUGUUCAAUCAUUGCUCCAGUCACUCCAGUUUGGGGAAAUUCCUAGGAAAUCUGAGCGCAUACUUUUAUUUGAUAGUGCUUACUUUGUUCAUUUGGCUCGAGCACGAUGGUUCACUCCUCGUGAGCCGCAAUGUCAAGAGAGUUGGUCAAUUUCAAAGAAAGCAGUAGACCAGCUGAUGUAUAAUGUUCGCGAAAGCAAUAGCGCAUAUCUCCUAUAUCAAGGACUACAAGGAGUAGAAUAUGCUCGACUAGAAAUUCUGCAGAUGAUUCGCCCAAUAAUGGAAUCAAUGCGAAAUAUUUUUCGAAAUCAAAUUUUACACAGAUAUGGAUUCUCGUCAAAAUGGAUCGAAUUACAUCCGAAACCUAUUCAACGACCUUCAGCUAUAUGCUACUUGUGCCAGCGUUCAAUUCAGCCAUAUAAUAGUUUUUGGAUCACUCAUGACUCUUUGCACGAGUAUCGAAAUCGGUGUGAAUAUUGUUCAUGUGAUUCAGGGCAACAUGUUUCGGUCGAUUAUCAACUUGAUUAUGAAUUAGUCGAUAAAGUGAGCUAUCAAAUGCGCGACUUGGAUAGUUGGUUUGCGGAACUUUUUUCAGCCACCGUGCACUUCGCUUACUUCCUUAUGUGUAAUUUUCAGCAUUCGAGCGAUGAUCCAUUCUUGGCCAGUCUCAAUCGAAUGAUUGAUGAGGAAAAUUAUAUUUGUGACACUAAACUUUAUCACAAUUUCAAUUCACAGUUACUCAAGACACUUCUAGAGCUCAGAGCUGAUUAUAACCAAAUCAUAACAGUCAAGUUACAAAGACGGGAAGACAACAAUUUGAUGAUUAUUAACGAUCAGAUUGAAGGCGUUAAAAAUAUUCCCAUGGUACAAAAACAACUGAAUGUCGCUAAAGGAACUAAAGAUACUUCUGUAUAGAUGUGUCAACACUAAAGACUACUAACAUGAGCUAUGGAGUUACUCAUCAUGUUUAAUUAAGACUAUCACACUUAUCAUAAUAAAUUUAUUCUUCGUAUCUUCUAUCGAUUCCUACCGUUAUGUGCCUAAUCAACAUUUUAGUACAACGCUUUUAUAAAUAAUGCGAGACGAAUGGUACUGAAUUCUGAAUGAUCUCUCCACUCGGUUCCAUGGAAUGAUGAGCUUGAGUCUCUAUCUAUUAGCAUGAGUAAAUUCUCAACUAGUAUAUGAGUGUAGUUGGAUAUUCGAUUCCUUCACUAACAUCCAUUUGAGUAACCUGGUCUAUUUUUCUGAUUCUAUAUGUACACAAGUCGUUUUUAAUUCAAAAAGAAGGAUCUGUUCCAGCCGAUAUUUCACGUGCUUGAACAUUGUUUGGUAAAUAUUUGAUGCUUCUACAAAUGAAUCUAUGAGAACAAUAGUCGAUUCUCAUUCGUCCAUUACUUGUACCACAAGCUUUCAGUCGAUUAUUGUUAAUUCUGAGGAUGUGAAUGUGAACGUGCAAGAGAGAGCAGGUCUUUAUGGAUAUCCACACUCCAGUUUAUAUGGUUGCUUGCAAAUAGAUUCUUUUAUGCUAAAAAGCAACUGGUAGAGUAUGAGUGUUGAUAUCAAUGAAGAGAACGCUGCACACCGCGCGCCGACACGCCAAGUCAAGUUUUCUUGACCUGUGUUGUUUGUUGAACGGCUAAGGUUCUUCAGUAUAUACGGUGCAACAGAAUAAGCAUAAACCUUUAUGAUCACGAGCCAUCAAAUUUCUAAUCAUUUGUCUCAGAACAUUCAAAAAACAGUUAAGCUUCGUAUGAAGUGCGAGUUUUCUUGUGGAUAAAUGCAUAUUUCUGCGAAUAUGUUUUUUUAAGAAGAUUUGAGUUAAACCUGAAUCAGUCUGCUAACUGAAGUAGAGAUUGUAUCGAAUCUUCGACUGUUAUCAACAAUCUGAAAAAGGAAGGCACAGAUGUGAAGAUGGAUAGGUGUGGAUGGAUAAAGAGCAGAUUUAUUCCCUCUCUUUUACUAUCACCCACAGCCACAGCCAUAUCCUUCUUCUGAUUCUUUUUGAAACCGUAGCUUAGUUAUGAAAACUGUAAAUAAAAAAGGAAAUUUUUAGCUUCACACAAGUGAUAUCAGUUUUGAUUUUACUUGAAGUUCUGUACAACGGAUUGGUGAACGAUGAGCACGAGGAACGAUAAGCACGAAAACUUAAGCACAAGAAUGUUAAACACGAAAAAGAUCAGCACUGGAAAGAUAAACACGAGGAACGUUAAACACGGGAACGUUGAGCACCAGAAAGUUGAGUAUGCAACUAAGGUGUAUAUGUGGCUGUUUGUGGGCAUGAGUGUUUGUGUUAAUCAUCAACUGAACUCCCACUCACAUUCACCAACAUUCUCACCCUAACCCACACUCCACAUCUACCUUCUUACCCACAUACAGCUAUAGCUGCACACCCCUAUUCAAACUCACCCCUCCAUCCCCACACCUACACUGAAAAAAAAAAUGGUACCAUACCGAACCAAAAAAGGUACUUUGAACGAAAAAAGGGUUUCGUACAUCGUACGGAACCUAAAAAGGUUUCGAAUUCGUUGCAAUUCUCUGAACCAUUUUAGGUUCGGUACA